AUGAUCCAUAGAUUGAAGAAACUGAUACUGUGUAAAAAAACAUAAAUGACAGAGUUAAAGUUGCAGAGUUUCCAAAAGAAAAGUUAGAUUCAACAUGAAAACAUUGAGAGGUUGGUUAAGGUUGAUCAUUUUUAGAAACAAACUUAAAGUGAUGUUUUAGUCAGCAGUGUAAAAUACAGCUAAUUUAAUUAAGUUAAAUAUUUCUAGUAAAAGACAACCCGUUUCCUUCCGUUCAGGAAGCGUUGUCAGCAGCCACGUGACUGGUCAUGUGACAAACGCGGAAGUGUGUGUGUGUCAACAACAUGAAUGAAUCUUCCUAGGUCUUUUACUGCAGUAAUGGCGCACAGUUUUGUACUACUACUACUACUAUUAUUUAUCUCCGCGUAUGUGACUACAGUACUGUGUCUCCAGGAUUCUGGCGAGACUGCGCAGAAACACGCUGCCGAGCAGAAUGCACCCGGCUGUGGCUGUGAGAGUCUGAACAGAGCCGCUGUGACUCCGGUUCCUGGGGAGGGCACAGAGCACGGGGCAGCUUCAGAGGAGCCGGCUGUCAAAUACUCCAGAGAGGCCAAUGAGAAGCUGUCGGAGGGGGACGAGAAGGUGACACAUAGUCAUAUGGUGCUGAUUUCUGGAGGAGAAUUCCUCAUGGGCACAGAUGACCCCGGGAUUCCUGCCGAUGGAGAAAGUCCUGAGAGGGUGGUGCACGUGGACUCCUUCUAUAUGGACAACCAGGAGGUGACCAACAGGCAGUUCCAAAGCUUUGUCAGUGCCACUGGAUAUAAAACAGAGGCAGAGACGUUCGGAGACUCUUUUGUGUUUGAAGGAAUUCUGAGUGAGGCUGUCAAAGAUCAGGUCACACAGGCCGUGGCUGCUGCCCCCUGGUGGUUCCCUGUUAAAGGCGCCAACUGGCGCCAUCCUGAGGGCGUUGACUCCAACAUCUCUGACAGACUGGACCACCCCGUUGUCCACGUGUCCUGGGCCGACGCCGUCGCCUACUGCACCUGGGUCAACAAGAGGCUCCCAACGGAGGCAGAGUGGGAGUACGCCUGCAGGAGCGGCCUGAAAAACAGACUUUAUCCUUGGGGGAACAAAUUGAACCCAAAAGGACAACACUACGCCAACCUGUGGCAGGGGGAUUUCCCCAACCACAACACUGGAGAGGACGGAUUUGUCAAAACAUCACCAGUAAUGUCAUUUCCUCCUAACGGCUUCGGUCUGUAUGACAUGGUGGGUAAUGCGUGGGAAUGGACGUCAGACUGGUGGACUGUGCAUCACACCACAGAACGGAAGUCCAACCCAACAGGUCCUCCAUCAGGCACAGACAAGGUGAAGAAGGGAGGAUCGUACAUGUGCCACAAGUCUUACUGCUACAGGUACCGAUGUGCGGCCCGUAGCCAGAACACUCCGGACAGCUCGGCCUCCAAUCUCGGUUUCCGAUGUGUCUCUCAGGGACAGCAGUGAACGGAGACACGUGUCUUGGAAACUCAGGGUUUCUUAUACCAUCUGCUCUGCAGCAUCACUGUGGGAUGUGGAGGGAAUUCAUGAAAGAAUGUAGUUAUUUCUCUGUCACGAUGUGUUCUCCCUAUGAUUUUAGGAAGAAAAACAUCUGUAACAUUUAAAGGGAUUUUCUUUUCUUUUUCAUAUAUUUAAACAUCUUGGCUAAAGCAGUAAAGCAGCAAAGAUUUUAUUAACAUAAGUGGUGCUUCCCCGUUGGGAUUGUUUUGGUUUUUUUAAUGAAUCAAUUUUCUGCUGUAAGAUGGUAAACUCAUGGACUGUAAGUUCACUCUUAAUGUAAAUAAGGAAUAGAUUGUUGUAAAGGGAUAUUUUUGAUAUAAUGUUUGGCAAUAAAUUUAUACAUCUCUUA